AUGGCGAACGUGACUAUAUUCAAAGUGGGUAUGACGUGCGAAGGCUGCUCCAGCGCCUGCACCCGUAUUCUCAACAAGAUCGAAGGCGUGACGGACGUCAAGUGCGACAUGGACAAGAAGGAGAUCCAUGUCGAGGGCGACGCCGAUACUGACGAGAUGCUGCAGGCGCUACUUAAGUGGUCGAAGGCCAGUGGCAAGAGUGUGGAGCUGCUAUCGUAG